CCGAAAGUGUCAAAUGACACAAUUCUGUCUGUUUUUGUUUACAAAUUUGUGACUGGAGAUAUGCUCGCAUCAGUAGUGACCAGAGGAGUAAAACGACUAUUAAAUGCAACUUUCAAGAUGAGCAGUCACAGUGAUGCAGGUCCGAUAGCAAUAGCAAUAACUGAGUCUAUAAAAGAUGGUCUUCAACCCGUUCACCUCGAAGUGGUUAAUGAGUCGUACAUGCACAACGUACCAAAGGGAUCCGAAACGCAUUUUAAAGUACUAGUGGUUUCCGAAAAGUUUCAGGACCUGUCCCUGUUGAAGAGACAUCGGCUGAUAAACGAUUUGGUGAAGACCAAAUUACAGGGAAACUUUGUGCAUGCACUGUCCAUCGAAGCCAAAACACCAACGCAAUGGGACGAUACGUACAAAUUGGAGCCGAGUCCGAAUUGUCGCGGCGGAUUUGGAAAAUGAUUUCACCGGUGUUUCGGGGAACCGUUAAAUAGCAAAAUGUUUUAUUUGUUUUUCCUUUGUACAGACAAAAAAUAGAAGAGAAACGAAAAAAAUAAAAAUUUGAUUUUUCGUGAACAGAAGC